AUGCCCGAAUCGGACAAAGUACGCCACAUUUUGAAGGGCAUAGGGGCAGUUCCCUUUAAUGCCCUCGCUGCACAGAACCCAACUACCAUCGCUGAAGUCGUCACGACUUGUCAGCGCCUCGAUGCCCUGGACUCGGUUCGUCUACAACCCGACAUUGGUGAACACCACUCUACGUCCCAAAAACAUCUCCGUGACCUCAUAAGGGACAUAAUACGGGAAGAACUACAGUCGAUGGGCUUCUCACCUCCGUCACCGUGUUCUACACAGUCUUCUGGACCGGCCUUGCGCGACAUCAUCCGGGAGGAACUCACAUCCAUGACCUCCCCUGCGCACGUACAGCCACCUGCUUCUCGGCCCAUCCCAACCAACGCCCAAGUUGCCGCCGCGCCUCCCGGCGACGUAAACACGACUUUGCCGCUACCAUACGCGUCGAUUGCUGCCGCGCCCCCGGUCCACUUCCGUUCGGCGCUGCCUGACCCUUCACCUGCCCACCUGACCGCAAUAUCUCCAGGUGCUCCGAACGCCUACUACUCACCACCGUGGCGCACGUCCCGCCCAUGGAGGCGCGACAUCGCAAGCCCCAAGAUGCUUACACCACUGCUAACCUUCCAGAUGCUGAUUAGCCUGCUGCCGAACAGCCUGUCCCUGUUCGUGGCCCUUCCGUCGGAACAACUGGCGUCCGCUCAGCAUGAAGUGGACUACGCCAUCACCCAUCUACCAGCCGAUCCUCCGAACGUAGCGACAGAGCCAUAUCCAGCGCGAACACUAUGCUUCGCCUGGCCACGCUGCUCAUCGACGACGUCAUCAACCAUGGGACCUGGAUGGGAUCUACAUAAUCGGACGAGAUAUGCAGCUCAGACGGGGCGCGACAUCGCAAGCCCCAAAAUGCUUACACCACUGCUAACCUUCCAGAUGCUGAUUAGCCUGCUGCCGAACAGCCUGUCCCUGUUCGUGGCCCUUCCGUCGGAACAACUGGCGUCCGCUCAGCAUGAAGUGAACUACGCCAUCACCCAUCUACCAGCCGAUCCUCCGAACGUAGCGACAGACCCAUAUCCAGCGCGAACACUAUGCUUCGCCUGGCCACGCUGCUCAUCGACGACGUCAUCAACCAUGGGACCUGGAUGGGAUCUACAUAAUCGGACGAGAUAUGCAGCUCAGACGGGGCGCGACAUCGCAAGCCCCAAAAUGCUUACACCACUGCUAACCUUCCAGGGGGCAGCGUCACAACGGCUUCCGGCGGCUGUCCAGCGCACACGUAGUGAGCUGGCAGUGACGCCAACUUCCCCCUCGGCGGCUGCAGCCAGUGCUGCAUCGCCAUCUCUAAAAAAGGACCCACCAGCCUCUGAGCAGGUGGGCCCAAAGGCUCUGCCUCCUGAGGCGAAGCCUCUUCGGCGAACAUCCAACGCCUCGCAAGAGGUGAUGGACACUAGUUCGACAAGGGGUGCGGCGCCCCCGGGACCGCACCCAACGAAGCCUCCUGAGCUUCAACCCGGUACCACGCCACACCAAGCACAGCAGAUGCAAACGGCGGCAGCCAGCACCGGGGCUAUUUCUGGCGCUGGAUUGCAGCUUCCAACGGCUACAGGUCAGAACUAUACUCCAUCUUCUGCGAAUAUCUCGCUGCCACCUGGCCAAGGGCCUCCCAUGGAGACCAUUUCCUGUCUCGACGUCAAUCUGCCUUCGCAGUUGAGCUCACUGCAAGUGGAUGACCCGUUCAUCAUUCCGAACUCGUCAAAGGUAGUCAACUUCCUCAAAGGUGACGGCCAUGAGAACACUUCGGGAUUCAGCAUCGACAUAGAAGACAUAUUAUUCACUGCCUCAUGA